AUGAGUGACGUUUCAGAAGAUGACAAUGAGAUCUCCUUUCGGGUAAAGUUUCUUGGGCGAGUUGAGGUGGUUCGCCCUAACGGACUACAGGUCCUGGACGAAGCAGCUGAGAUCCUCAAGACGCCAGAUAAAUACUCCCCAGAAAAGGCAGCCAAGAAGAGCAAGGUCCAUCUCUUCCUGUCCCUGAGUGGGAUAGACAUUUUGGAAAACAAAACCAAGUUUUUGUUGUACACGUGCCCUCUCUCCACUGUUUCCUUCUGUGCUCUCCUGCCGUCCUCACCCAAAGUCUUUGGCUUCGUAGCCAGACACCCUGCGGCAGACAUGUAUCACUGUUAUCUGUUCCAGAGCAAGAAGUUUUCUCAUGUGCUGGUCUCUGUUAUUGGGGAUGCCUUCCGAGCAUCGAAAAAGGAGGAGAACACCAGGGGAGGACGAGACCUGAUAGUGGAGGCGCUCAGACAUAAGAAUAAAGUGCUGCAGAGAGAGAAUUCUGAGCUGAAGCGGAGGCUCGCAGGACAGCCCAACUAA